UAAGAAACAAAUUUCUAGACAAUUCCUUUUUUUGGCUCAGUUUGCUUUAUUUUUAAGGAAGUAGAUUAGAAAAUGUGAUUAAGGAUCACUGAAUAGUCACCGUUUAAACUCCCAAAUACGCGAAACAAAGGAAAGAUUGAAGAUUUAUUAGAAUGAAAGGGAAAUGGUGACCUCUUCCUUAUUUAUCAGGUUUGGGGCUGCAUGCAUGAACUGAUUUACUUUUGAAUAUGAUAAAUGACAAGAAGGAUCUGUAUUUUGGCUUUGGUGAGCCAUCGUUCAGAUUAAACAACAUUUUUAGCUUUAUUAAGCUGGGACUGCUGAAACAGCCAUCACAGAUAUUUCCAAUCCAUCCCCUUGGGAAUGUGACGUCUUCAACGUAACGUGAUUGCCUGUUGGAGGAGAAAAGUGGCCUUCUGUAUAUAUACACCCUAUGAAAUGAGGCAGCUCGAAAGGCUGCACAGAGUGCUCUGAAGGAGAGAGAGAGAGAGCAUUAGCCUAGGAAAGAGAGCUGGGAAACUUCCGACUAGCAAUUAGAAGGAGCAGAACAGACUCUUUUCCUUGUGCAGGCCAGUUCAGUAUCUAAAGAAGAACUGCGUGGAGCAGCCAAAACAAAUUGCUUCAGGGGAAUUCAACACCAAGGAAAGCUCCCUGGUUUGCUUGUGCUCCAGAUACUGUCCUGCGCUUCAGGAGGCAAGAAACCCCUUCUUCUUGCUUAGUGCAAAGAGAUGGAACUCCGAAGUGGCUCCCAUCUUCUCCCCGCCUUUGUCCUACUCAGUAUUCUCUGCUCCCUAGCUGUUGCUUUACCACCUCUGGGAACAUAUUCAGCUAUGAGAUUAGGAAACAGGAUGCCAUAUGAUGGAGCCAGUGAAUCUGAUCGUGCUCAAGGAUCAUUAAAACCCGAGGGUGAUAUUUUGCAGGCUACACUCCCAGAGAACGACAAAUUCUAUUUUGAUGUGUCCAGAGCAAUUGAUAGAAACACAAGACAUGCUGAUGGGCUGUUCACAAGUGGCUACAGCAAACUGUUGGGUCAGCUGUCUGCAAGAAGGUAUUUGGAAUCCCUGAUUGGAAAAAGAGUUGGAGAUAACAGUCCUCUUGAUGAACAGAUGCCAGUCAAACGCCAUUCAGAUGCUGUCUUCACUGACAACUACAGCCGCUUACGCAAGCAGAUGGCUGUGAAGAAAUAUCUGGACUCUGUCUUAGCUGGAAAAAGAAGUGAGGGGGAACUCAACCCAUCUAGCCACCAGGAUGACAUGGAUGUUCUCGAACCGGCGUACCUAGAGAACUAUGAUGGUGUCACUGUAGAUGAGCUGGAACUUCUGAGUAAUCUCUCCCCACACAUCUGAAGACUUCAUUUUGAAAACAAAAAACCUGCAAAAAAUCCUUUAAAAGUCCAAAAGACAAAAUCAAACUAUUUUUUGAGUUUCUCAUAGUAUUUCAAAUAAAUGACUGCAUUUAAACCAAAACAGAUAUAUUGUGAAGUGAAAUUUGUGAUAUUUUUGUUUCUUAAAUAUAUAUAGGUACUAAAAGUGGAUGUUUACAUUGUAAAUAAUUAUUACUUUAGAGUGACUACCUAAAUCUGUACAUAUGUUAGUGGAGCUCAAACAAGCUGUGUUAUGUGUUACACUAUAAAUCUGUUAUUUUGAUAACUGCUUUUGAAAGGUUGUUUGUAAGGCCCAGAAAAGUAUAUGAAUCUGCUGCUUUCCCAGUGGGGUAGCAUGGGCUGGGCCGCAGGGGUGGUUGCCUUGGGCACAACAUUAUUAGAGGAGCAGAAUUCCAAAAGGAAAAAAAA